GACAAAACUUUGUAUAUUUGGAAACAUGAAAACAGAUGAAAAACUGUGGCAAUAUUAUCAGGGGGAUUCCAGUUGCUGACUCAGGGCUGUUGCUCCUUGGUUGCCCCCAGAAAGUAAUUUUUCACUUUAUGAAGUUGUAAGCAUUUUAGCAGUGCCCCAGUAUUUUAUUAUUAAACUUCAUAUUAGAAUUACAUUGCACCAGCAUUAUCUGCAGUUUAGAAUUCAUAGCCUUAAUUCUUUGCUAUAAGGGCAGAAAACUGGUAAGAGGCAUGAGAGGUGGGGUGGGGAAGCAUGCAUACUGCUGUUAAGUGCCAAAAGCAGGGAAGGUAUAUUUUUCAAACUAGUGGUCUUCUCCACUUCCUCAGCAGUGGCUGGAAGCUCUGAUGUGUGGCCACUAGUUGAAAAUCAUUGGCUGGCCUAUGAGUCGUUGCUUGUGGGAGUGAGUUCCAACUCUCAGAUAACACUGCAGUGGGAAACAACUUGGAAUCUAGAACUUGGAUUUGCAUUUUGUCACCUCCAUAUUCUAAGAAGGUCAGAACUAUGGAGAAGAGAUUGCAAGUAAUGUUUUAAAUUUUUAAUUUCAUAUAUGUAUACACUUUUUAAAUUUUUAUUAUAGUUUUAUGCAUGUACAUAGUUGAAUAGUACUUCAGGGCUUAUAAGGAAAAAAGCUGGCACCAUCUUUUUCCAUUCCUCAGGAGGCAUCUCAGCCUUUAGCUUAUUUUUAACACCUUGAUUUCUGUUUUCUAAGUAAUAGGUUUAUACAGCUGUCUCAGAUUAUUAUGUUUAGACUAAUCUGAUGGUUUAUACCUGAUUAAGUGAAGAUUUCUGCCCUUUUCACUUCUCAUUCUCUGUUUUCGGUUAAGUCAGCACCAUUGUUUGCAUUAUAAUGAUCAUAUUUCUGUGUUCAUUCCUGAGCUAGAUAGUUUAGUUACAUUUCCCUCAGAACAUUUUAUCUUGGUUUUACGUUCAUAUCACUAAUUCUUCCAAAACAGCAACAGAUAAGUCAAAUUCUUUAACCUGUUUUCCAUGUUAAAGCCCUAACAUGUUUCUUGUUUCAGCCUGGACUGCUUUCUUGGAGUACAUGGCAGUCCCUGAGACUUCAUCUUGGGAUUUGUUUUCCUCUCCCCUUGGAUUGGAUUUCUGGGCCCUGCCUUUGUUACUAGAUUACUUUUUUGCUAAAGAAGAACACUUCAGGAACUUCUGGGAAUGGGUGCAUGGGGGUGUCAAGUUACUGAGAUUUUACAUGUCAAAGCUAGUUUGGCUUGGUAUAUAAAAUUGUAGGUAGAAACUCAAAUCAGGAAUUUAGAAGGCAUUGUGCUACUGUCUUCUAGUUAGAGCAUUGGGGUAUCUGACUCAAUUUUUAUUUUCUGAUUUGUUUUCUUAGACUGUCACUAGUGUUCUAAAAGUUCUGUGUUCUAGUGUUUUAAAAUACAAUUGUGAUACUGUGCUCUGUGGGCUCUGGCAAUCUGGAAAAAAUUUAAGUUCUUAACCCUUCUUCCUCCUUACACACACACACAUGCUUUCUUUGUUCUGGAACUCCAUGAGAUUCUAGAGCUGUUGGAUUUCAUUUCCUCUCUGGGAGGUUUCUGUAACAGUUUUCCAAUUUUCCUAAUGCAUUUUAAUCUUGAUUAACAUGAAGGUACCUGCCUAUAUUUAGUUCAACACUUGGUUGUUGCCUCCAAUUCCUGAGCCUGUCUGAACUCUGCAGGGCCAGUCCCCUCAUCAGUGGUCAUCCCCAGAGGCUGCUAAUGCACAUACCAGCUGCUGUCUCUCUCUCAUAAUCAAUAACUUUGUUGAAGUCUUAGUAUUGUUUCCUCCUAUUUGCAUUCUUGGGGUUUUGUCAUUUUUAUUGCUACUCUGCCUUUUUACUGUGGUUUUAGGAGAAAGAUAAAUGAGUGUUAAUCUGCAUAUGAAAUUUAUCAAUGGGUGCUUUUUAUUUAUGAACUUGAUGCGGUAGUUGUUGGACAAAGAUUACUGGGGAUUCAAUAUAUAACAAUGAGUUUUCUCAAAAGGAAUAAAAUGGUGUAUGAUUGACCAGUUCAUUCCUUGAUUCUUGGUUAAUCUUGCUAGUUUAAAGGAAUUUAAAAUGGUUCCUGCCUAAUCAGUUCUUUAUUUUGAGGCUCAAACAUUAGUGUUGAAUCCAUCAGCAUCUGUGACUCAAGGCUUUGAUGGUAUUUACAUCUGGCUACUGUGAGAAAAUAUUUGAAAGAAAAAGCAGGAAAUACUCAAGAAUGUCCCCAAUUCAAACAGUUCAUGUGAGAAUACCCAUCUUUGAGCCUGACCUCUUGUUGAUGUGGCUCACCUCUCAGACAGGUAAGGUAGGUUAUCUUGCUUUGCUCUUAAGUGGUUCUCCAGAAGUCUUAACUGGCCACAAACAAAAACAGCAAAAAAAAAAAAAAACAACUCCCACCUCACUGGUAUAAAAUAUGGUUGAAUUCAGACUUUGCUGUGAGGAAUUGCUUAGUCUCCAUUUCCCUCAUUGCUGAGUGGGGAUUAAUAUUUCACAGGGUUGUAAUGUAGAGAGAAAAACGCAUAGUAAAUGCUCCAAAUGAGGCUAUUCUAUUAUUUCUUAAAAGGAUAAAUGUUUUAAGAUCUGGUAGUUGGGAGAUGAUUUUUAAAACAGCAUCUUGGCAAAUAGAAUAACAGCUAAUAUCUUCAUUUUUAUAGAAAUUUGGCCUGGCUUUUUAAUGCAUAAUGUGCUUCUGAGUCAACAGUUACAUUAUCUCCGUCAUGAAUUGGUCCUCAGGUAUAGAUGAAGUUUAAGAAGAUGACGGUCUUUCUUCCCCCAAAGUAGAGCUGUGAAGCAAGUUUGCUGGAGCAAACAUUUUCUAAUUGAUGUGCAGUGUUUCAAGGAUGACUAAUGUCUAUCUAGUCGUGGCAGUGGAAGGGACAAUGAAUCGCUCUUCCCAGGCUGGCUUCCCCGGCAUUCCUGAAGAUAGAAAGCUUUACGUUGUGGAUUCCAUAAAUGACUUAAACAAACUAAACCUCUGCCCUGUGGAGUCUCAGCAUCUGUUCCGUAUGUCUCUUGAGGAGAAAGUCCCAGUCAUUGGCACUGACCCAGGGAACGGAAGCCACCGUCUGUUUUUUGUGGGGCUGAUAAUUGUGCUGAUUGUCAGCCUGGCACUCGUUUCCUUCGUGAUUUUUCUAAUAGUUCAAACUGGAAACAAGAUGGAUGAUGUGUCAAGAAGACUAAUGGCUGAGGGAAAGGACAUAGAGGAUCUUAAGAAAAUCAACAGCAUGAUCGUAAAGCGCCUCAACCAACUGGACUCUAAACAGAACUAAAGAAGUGAGCAUCUAAGAACUGCUAACGCCUGAGCUUCAUACUUUCCUGGGAGUGUACGGGGUUAAGAAUUGAGCAAGCACAUUUCUGCAGGCAGCAAAUUACCUGGUUAGUGAACUCAGCAGGGAUGGGAAGGACUCCAAGGCGAAGGGGUGUGGGGACAACAGCCAGAAAGGGGCUUAUGUUAUUACAGGGUCCUUUUGCCGUAACGGGCUUCAGGGUGGCUGACAUGGUGGAGAGCUCACAGUAAGCAAGAGGAUUUGGCUCUGUAUGUGCACCUUCUCUUACAAAAGGAGCUUUGUUACCAGAUAAGUUCAUGGUGCUGGAGCCCAUGUACCUUUAUGAACUUCCUUGAAAGCCUAAAGAACUCAUUGAAUUAUUUGAAUGCAAAGGAUCCAGGUGAUAACUUUUCAAUAAAAAGAAUUCUGCUCAGGUGAUUACACAUUGACUCUUACUUCCCCAGGGACAAGGGGUGGGUGGACUUUAGAGCUCGUUGCCUUCUGGUAUUUGCAGGUAGUAUUAGGUAUGUGUGGUGGUGAGGAGGUAAAAGAGAGCAGUUGAUUCAACUGAUGGUGAUGAGCUUUUACUUUGUGCAAAACCCCCUACUCUAGAGGAGCUCACAUUCAAGUAUGGGA